UACAAUGCUUCACAAAAUGAACUAGGGUUUUGGACAUUCAGUGUCUCCUUGCGGCUGCUGUGAGUUGAAGGCGGCUUUCUCAGAGAUUCAAAGAUGGGACACUCGAACGUCUGGAACUCGCAUCCCAAGUCUUACGGCCCUGGUUCUCGCACUUGCCGAGUGUGUGGGAACCCUCAUGGGUUGAUCAGGAAGUACGGACUGAUGUGCUGCAGGCAGUGCUUCCGUAGCAAUGCAAAGGAAAUUGGCUUCAUCAAGUACCGUUAAAUGGUGAGGGCAUCUGAUCUACUGCUACAUUGGCCAUGAAGUUGUUCGAGAUAUGGAGUUUGGAGCGAUUACAUUUACUUAGUUUCUUUUUCAAGACCAUAAUGUAGUAUAUCUGAAUUUUUGCAAUUAGUUCUUGACUGGGCCAAUGUUAACAUUUUGAUAUCAAGCUUUUUGGUUUAUUUGCCAAAUCCAUCUUUGAUUAAAUGGUAUUCUCAUAUUUGAACCGUGCGGCAAUAUUUUUAUGUCUGGGUAAAAGACUCUGUUUUAGUA